UCAAAAUCUUCUCUCAAAGACCUCUUCUUUCCUUUCGAAUGAUUCUCACGUUUUCUCCACAAAAUCCCCAGCUCCCGAAGCUCUGAUUCGGCUUGCUUGCUUUCUUUCUUUGUUCUGAAUACUCUCGCCGUUCUGCUCGUCUCUGGUAAUUUUCUGGUUUGGUUUUUCCGGUUAAUGGUGUUUGUAGGAUUGGCGGAACGAAGAGGAAGAGUUUGAGCACCAGAGUCCAUGGCGAUGGGUCCCGAAAGAUCUAAGCCUCUUCACAAUUUCACAUUGCCGUGUUUGAAGUGGGGGAAUCAGAGGCACCUCAGGUGCAUGAAAGUGACUUCAGACGGCGCCGCCGCCGCCUCUCCAUCGACCGGCGAUCGGCGAUCUCCAGGGAUGAGGUUUGAGAACUCGACGGUGACUCGGAAGAGGGAAUUGGCGGGCGAGAUGAAGCAGCAGUUUCCUCUGAGCGGCAGGGAUUCGGAGAAGAGGAUGAGGAUAUCGAAAUCAAGAAUAGAUGGCUGCGAUGGAGAGGACGGGAUCGAGGCGGUGAGGGAGAAGAUAAUGUUUGAUCUGAAGACUGCGGCGGAUAAGAUGAAGGAUGCAAUUUUGAGGAAGGAGGCGGGUGAGGAGGAGAACGAGGUGGAUGAAAAAGAACAGGAAGAGCCUCCGGCUGCUUCUGCUCCAUCUUCUGCGGCGGCGGCGGCGGAAGCGAGGCCGUGGAAUCUGAGGACGAGGAGAGCUGCGUGCAAGGCUCCGAUUGCCGACGGGAGUGGAAAGUGUUUGAAGAUUGAGGAGAAGAAGCUUAAUCACUCACCGCCGAGGACUGACAACGCUAACGGCGCGAAGUUGCCGCCGAAAUCGAGAGCCUCUCCCGACAAGCCAGAAAGGCCCAAAAUUUCAGUGCCUCUCUCGAAAAAGGAGAUUGAGGAAGAUUACAUGGGGAUGGUCGGUCACCGGCCGCCGCGGAGGCCGAAGAAGAGACCCAGAAACGUUCAGAAGGCUUUAGAUGCCGUUUUUCCUGGUUUGUGGUUAUCGGAGAUUACGCUCGAUACAUAUAAAGUUCCUGAAGCCCCUGAAAAUGGCAAGAGGUAGCAGUAAAUGGGAUUUGCAGCCAGAGUUGGGAACUUCAAAAUUGCUUUUCUGUUCGUGGAUCACUGGUACUUUGUGACGAGAACUAAUUCAUGUGUAGGAUACAUCUCUCUGAUGAGGGAUUUUGAUGGAUCUUUUUAUUUUCCUUUCUCGUUUUUCCCCCUCAGUAACAGCUGGUGUAAGCCUUGUUACUCCGAAUGCUGAUUUGUUUUUGUUAAAUAUAAUUCAUUCGUUGUGUCUAUAAGAAUAAUUCUCUACUGAGAAAUGACAUCAAUAAUAUGAUGGGAAAGUGCAGUUUAGUUGAUUAUAA